CUAGACCUGACAUUGCCUAUGCAGUUAGUGUUUUGAGUCAGUUCAUGCAUGAUCCAAGGAAACCACAUCUAGAAGCAGCCUAUAGGGUUCUUCACUACCUAAAAGGAAGUCCAGGGCAAGGGAUAAUAUUCAGGAAGGGUGGGCAAUUAUCAGUCCAAGCCUUCACUGAUGCAGAUUAUGGUGGCUCCCUCGUUGACCGCCGGUCAACUACUGGUCCCUGUGUUUUCCUAGCAGGAAACCUCGUGACAUGGAGAAGCAAAAAACAGAAGGUUGUGGCACGAUCAUCUGCUGAAUCUGAGCUAAGAGCUCUUGACCAUGGCUUAUGUGAACUUCUAUGGAUCAGAAUUAUUCUCUUAGAUUUACAAAUCGAGUGGAAAGAACCAAUGGAAUUGAGGUGUGAUAACAAAUCAUCAAUCAACAUAGCUCAUAAUCCAGUCCAACAUGAUCGGACCAAGCAUAUUGAGAUUGAUAGGCACUUUAUCAAAGAAAAGGUUGAAGGAGGUCUGAUCGAACUAAGCUACACUCCCUCAGAAGAUCAAGUUGCAGAUGUGUUUACCAAACCUCUGCACAGUCCUAGGUUCCAGGGUCUUAUUGUCAAGCUAGGCAUGACGAAUAUCUACAAACCUAGCUUGAGGGGGAGUGUUGAUAAAACGAAGAGACAUCAUUAAUCUAGGAUUUAUUUUCCUUAUUAUUACUGUAAUUAUGUAUCUUUAGUGCUUCAGGUUGUAUUUAAUAGCUGU